GAGCCAGACCUAAGCUGAGUUUAGUUUCCGUAUCAUGCCAUCUUUGAGGGCCCCUCGUUGCCAAGCCUAGCCAUCUCACCUUCAUAUAUCAUGAACCCUAGCUGUGAGACUAUCGUACGCUUUCGGCUCACUAUAGAAUAAGCCCGUUAUUGCCGUUAGAACCCUUUGAUUUUCUUCGAAGUUCUACAUGUAAUGCCCCUAUCUGAUUCUGUUCAUUCAAUACCCUUUCUCCAAAAUCUUCGAGUCCAUUUACCCUAGUUGAACCAGUCCUGCUUUGCUACUAUAAUUCCUUUUCUGUUAACAGCAGCUAUUCUCUUUUAUACUCCAUUCGUAUACUCCUUUAACAAACAACCUAGGGUUUGGUAAUGCUUGAAGACCGGAGACGGUUGCUCGGAAGCUGAAGGGAAGAAUAGUUUGAGAGGUUCCAGAAUGUUCUGAUAGGGGAAAUGGUUAACACACUUAGUUAGGUUUUUUUCCCACUAACCCCCACCCCAUCUGGCGAAAUGGGAGAUGAGUUAUGACCAAACAAGAAUGUGGUUGGCGGUAGGACUUUCUCUUCAACGCUUUCUUGAGAUGACCUUAUCUCUGAGGUGCUUCGUAUUAUUAAAGGCCUUAAAGUAUAGACGUUCAGCCUAGAGGUAUGCCAGCUAUGUCUCGAGCAGAAGAAGCAGUUAAUCAGGAGGUUUGUGACUUUAAGUGGGGUAAAAAACGAGGGCGCGGAGGGAAAAAGAAAGAGGUCCAAUUCUAUGAAUCCUUUACAUAUGAUCGUGUGGAAUACUCUCUCUAUGACUGUGUGUAUCUACUACCAGAAGAUGAGACUGAACCCUACAUUGGUAAACUCAUAAAAAUGUGGGAGCAACCAAAAAAUGAAAAGAAUAAGCAGCCAAAAAUCGAGAAGAGAGUGAAGAUCUUAUGGUUUUUCCGGCCCAUGGAGAUUCAGAAUUGGCUUGGAGAUGUUUUGCCACUUGAGAAUGAACUAUUUUUGGCAUCUGGUGAAGGUGUAGGCCUUGCAAAUGUCAAUGAUUUGGAAGCAAUUGCUGGCAAAUGCAAUGUCGUUUGCAUAUCUAAGGACCCUCGGAACCCACGACCUUCAGAGGAAGAGCUCAGUAUGGCCGACUAUGUUUUCUAUCGCACAUUUGAUGUUGGAAAAUGUACAAUAUCACAUAAUAUAGAUGAUAAAGUGGCUGGAAUAGAAGUGAUGUUCAUCUUUAACCAAAAAGAGUUUAAAAAGACAAGCGGAAUUCCUGAACCUGAUGUGGACAGCAAAGAAGAAAAAGCGAGAGUGCUAGCAAUUAAUGAAGCACCACGAUCUUUGGAAACUUCACCCGGAGAAAGAUCAAUUUCUGGUAUUGGUGUAGAGAUGAGAAAUACAGCGACUGCUCUUGAUAAACAGGGACCUGUUUAUGUGAAGAACAGACCAAAGCCUGCGUCUGAUUCUGAGAAGGUUGACGAUAAAUCUGGCAAGAUACCCACCAGUAAAGUUGAAGAAAAGGGAAAACUGAAGUCGGCGAAAGAUUCAGAUACAUCGGAUGAUAGACCUGCUAAAAAAGCAAGGCUAGACAGCUCAGUUAAGUCAUCUGAGGAACUACAGCCUAAUAUCUCGUCUUCAUCGGCACUGGAGAAGGAUAAGAGUGGGAAUGUUGUACAUAAACUAAGAAGAGAUUCUAAUGAGGAUGACAUGAAGGCUGCUGUGACAAAUGGCAGGGGUUCUGAAGAUAAAAGAAAAUCUAAACCUGUCGAGGAUUCUCAUGGACAUGAAAAGGUCGUUCGUAAGAAGGUCAAGCCUGAUGAAAAGGAGUCCAGGCUUUCUAACGGAACCUUGCCUAAAGCAGCCGCUACUCAUACUCGAGAGAAGGACAUAAAAACUGAUGUCCAGGUAUCGGAAUCAAUCAGAAAGCCAGAUGCUGACAGAAGCAAAUGGUUCAAGGGACUUCCAUGGGAGGAAAGAAUGCAGACUGCGCAUGAGCAAGGAACUCUUGUCCUGCUUUCAAAUCUGUAUCCAGGAUACAGUUCAGCCGAUGUAGAGGAAAUAGUUUGGGAAGGUUUUAGGGAAAAAUGCUCGGCAAAGAUGGUACAGCGCACUGCUACGUCUAGCCCCCAUUGUGGUCAAGCUUUUGUUAUUUUCAGGACAAGGGAAGCAGCAGAGACGGCUAUGAGAAAAUUAGAUGAAGGAUGUUUUUUGCUACCAAAUGGGAGCCCUCUAGUUGGCAGCAGAGUAACUCCUCUCAUGCCAGGGACGCCAUGCACAUUUUAUGGUCAUAUCUUCAUUGAAAAACUUAGACCUCAAAUGCAGAGGGAGGAAAUGAAGCGAGCAGUAUCGACAUCGCACUAUUCUCAGCCCAACACAAUUGAAUAUGAUAUGGCCAUGGAAUGGAGAUUGCUGCAAGCAAGAUCCGAAAACUGGUGGAAGGCUUUGUAUAAGCGGCAUGGGGAUGAGCUGAAGAAGCUUAAGGGCAACCUCAAGUCCAAGUGAGCAGCAGCUGCAGCAUGCUGAUGACGCAUUUGCACCUCCAUUGAAGAGUGCAAGCAGAUUUUUUAAGAUUUUCACUUCAUCAUCACUCGAAGAAAUUACAGCUUGCCUUAAUAUGUGGUUCUGUUAGAAGCUCCAAGAGAAGGUACAGUAUCCAGUGAGGAAAGACAACUACAUUUCUGUCUUAUGUGAUGUCGGAAACAAAGGGAGCAAAGUAAAAUGAGAAUCACAGUUGUUUCAACUAUAAGGUUUCUGUAUGGCAGAUUUUUGUGCUCCAGAACUUCGACAUGUUUGCUGCUGAGGGAAUUAUUUGUUCCGAGCAUUCUUCAUGGAAAAAGAUUGGAAAGAAUCAUGGCCACAAUUCUUUUUGAUCAGGAAAAAAAAUUGGAUAGGGUGUACGCAUUUUUGUAUCUUGUACCAUAUGUGGACGCUCCCAAGGGAACUUUGGUUUGUAUAUUGAUUACUGUUAACUUGUGCAGCUUAGUUUAAUGAGGAUUGGACUUACCAUCAUUCUGUCAAAA